GUCCAACCAUAUUCGCCGACACAGCCCUCCUCCCUCGCAAUCUUCGAUUCCUUCUGCACACAACCGCAUUCCUCGCCUGUCCCAGCUGCUUCUGCACCUCACAUCCGUUUAGUCAGCCUCUUCCGGAUACGGCCUGUUCAAUCUUUGUGACCAGUUCCACCAGCCGAGUCUCGGACAAUUGCUCUCCACAACAUCCGUGUAGCACUGUCCCCAUUCUGCGUGAUCUAUAGUCCUCCACUCUAGAGCGGGUACGUACACCUAGCAUUGGAAUCACGCUCGACUAUCACACCGGCCCACAUCUACCUGGAGCCGCGCCCCACCUACUUUCCGAAUGGAAAAGUAAAACCAUGAGAGAACUCUCGACCAGCCCUGUUCCACCCGACAUAAUGGAGCGCCGCUCUGUUGCACUCUCGCGGCCCAGCCCCGGCAUGGUCGUGCAAGAGGGUGAGGCCGGCUUCCAAGAAGAACUCUCGAAAGUAUACGACGCUGCCGAGAGCAACGCAGCAGAACAGCUCGUCGAACUUAAGAGCGCCCUACGGACUGCAAGCAUCGACAGCUUCUGGUCUCUUCUAACCAAAGGUCUUGCACACAUUGCCGAUGCUCAGUAUGCUUUCGUCUCGAAGAGAAUUUUGGUCGACGAGAAGGAUGUGCCGGUGGAGAUGCCGCCAAUCGGGGAGCCUGGGUCAUGCUUGAUGGGGGAAGCCUUCUACAUCAACGAUGAUAACGGUAACGGCCCUGGUCAUCUUCGCGACUUCAAGUACCACGCAUAUCAGUGCCCUUGCGCCUACAUGAAGCACGACAAGAUCUUCAUCAUUCCGGAACGACUAAACGAAUUCAUCGUCAACAACCCCAACGAUCUAAUAAUCCCAGGAGAGGCCUACCUUGGAAUCCCACUGUUCGCUGAAGGAAGAUGCUUUGCACACUUUGGUGUAAUGUGGGGGAAAGAAGGUGCUGCCAGGCGCAAAUUGAGCUGGGGUUUCCUUGAGACUCUAUUCCAUGCACUGGAAGACAUGAUCCUUGAUCGGGUUUUGGAAGGAGACAAGUUUGCUGAAUCCGCUCUUCCCAUUCAGAAACAGCAAAGCAAAGUCGUCCCACACAAGGCCAUCUCAGUAGCACAGUCGUUGAAGCCUUACGCCAGGAGUUUAUCGCACGAGCUAAGAACACCAAUGCAAGGCGUUGUUGGCAUGCUGGAUGUCAUGAUGGCCAACGUAAAAGAGGCGUCCGAGACGAUCGAUGUCGACAUCCGAACCCGCCAAAUGCUCGAGACUCUGAAGGAGAACAUUGAAGCUGUGCAGGAUAGCUCAAGGCGUGCUGUUGAAGCGGCUGACAAUGUGGUUCAUGCCUAUGACAUGAAUAUGGGAGUCCCAGAAACACCCGUGUCCCCACUCGACAAGACCCCCAAUCAAUGGAACACCUUUUGGCGAGAGGCCCGGCCAGAACACUCGGCUGUACCCAACGACGUAGCUCAAGAACAACCACGUGGUAUCAAGAGACGUAGAGACGAGUUACCAUGGGGGGAGGGUCAAACCCGCGUAGCACGCCCCAUUCGACGCCGCACUCGAGAUACAUUUUCCGAAGAGCCUCCUUCCCGCGGAUCGAUAUCUUGUCCCCCACACGCUAGCUUGAAAGAUAUUGCUAAAUUGGAGAGUUGUCGAGGUCGCUGCAGCAGCUCAACAAGCUUUCCUAGGCUCGUCCCGGGGCAUCAGAAAACGCCAAGUCUUCGUCAUACCAAUCUCAGGGAGGUCUUGCAUUAUGUGAUCACAGACGCACUCAAAGUUGGUGGACGUCCCGACUCUGCGAUUGCGGAGGCAACAGACGAAGGCGAACGGAUCGAGGUAAGGACUCGAGGCUCAAACGGAGAGGCGUCCACCAAAUGGGUCGAAUGGAGCGUGUCGCCGGACGUGCCAGACUCAAUACUAAUUGACGAGAAAGACCUCGCUAAAGUCGUGUCUUGCGUGACCUUGAACGCAAUCAAGUUCACACAAAACGGCAACAUUACCUUGGAAGCGACACUCAGUGCGAAGGGACGUUACGUUGUCAUCAAUGUCAAAGACACUGGGUCUGGUAUUCCGGCCGCUUUCCUGCCUGAUUUGUUCAAGCCAUUCUCAAGAGAAGACGACUCGACCACCCGACAAAGCGAGGGCCUUGGGUUAGGGUUAAUGGUUGCGAAGGGCCUCGCAAGAAAGCUUGGUGGCGAUCUAUUCUGUCUGCGGUCGCACGUUUCUGGCCCAAGAAAGGGGUCAGAGUUUGAGUUUCGCGUUCCACUUACGGCGGGUGAGGUCUGCAGCCGACCAUCCUCACCAUUCGGCUCCCCUACACCUUCCAUCCGCGCUCGCAUGUCUAUCGACCAUGACAUUCCUCACACCAAUAUGUCUAGAGGGCCAAUCACACCACCAAUGUCCUCAGAGCCGUUCGUAGGUGUCUCUGACGCCUCACUCGACACACCGAGCGUGGUCAUUCACACCACACCGUCGUCGAACGUUCUUGGCCUUCUCUCCCCACGCAGGACAUCAUCUCCGCUCCGAUUCCCUUCAAAGGGGCCCACCCGCAAAGCACCUCCUCCAAAGCUUUCUGAAGAACUUCCUCUCAACAUUCUUGUUGUUGAUGACAACGCGAUCAACAGACGCGUUCUGCAGAACAUGCUCAGCAGGCUGGGCUACAAGGACGUCGAAACAGCUUGCAAUGGCAUCGAUGCCAUUGAAGUUAUGCAGCGCAAUGCUUUCUUGCCUGCGUCUGAGGCCAUUGACGUAAUUCUCAUGGAUCUCUGGAUGCCACACCUCGAUGGCUUCCAAGCAGCUCAGACCAUCUUGCACAUGCCGGAACUCAUCGACAAUGGCCGCAAGCCCACUAUUCUGGCGGUAACAGCUGAUGUUACUGAUGCUGCGCUGGACAAGGCAGCCAGCAGCGGCAUGAAAGGCUAUGUCACCAAGCCUUUCGUAAGCAGGGACCUCGUUCGGUUGAUCCGGACGUACUGCGCGACUCGAGAGUCGUAAGGUCUCUGGUCUACUUCGCUUCGUUCAGGACACCAUGCGUGUCUUGGUCUAUUUAUCACUAUUUAAUCAGUGUUGAUGUACAGUACCCUGGGGUUCCCAGGACGAAAGUCCCAUGGCGUAAGGAAUAAAAUGGGCAUGAUGAUCAUGAUAGCGUUCUGCAAGACCGGCCAAGUUAGCCCGGCACUCGGUUUGAUUCCCCCUGGCCUUCGGGCCUUUGUUGCAGUUCUGCGACGACAACAUCCACUGCACAGGCAGUUUGUCUAGUAAUACAAACAAUUACAUCAUACCUCGUG